AUGAAUGAGACUCUGGCGCAGAGCAUCAAGAUCGAUGGCAUGGAACCCUCCAUCUUGGAGGCACUCCUCCACUUCAUCUACACGGAUUCUCUGCCGGAUGACCGACAUGCGGAUGAUAGACACACAGAGAUGCAGCACCUGCUGGUUGCCGCGGAUCGAUACGGAGUCGAUAGGUUAAUGGCGAUAUGCGAAGGGAAAUUGCGUCGAAGCAUCGGCGUGCAAACCGUCGCAACGACCCUCGCUCUAGCGGAGCAACACCACUGCGUGCACCUGAAAAGGGCAUGUCUUGAAUUUUUGUCUUCCCGAGAUGUCCGCCAAGGUGUCAAAGAAACAGAUGGAUUCAAGCAUCUCGUAACAAGCUGCCCAUCGGUUAUUCUCGAGAUUUUCGACAAGCCUCCCCCACAAUCCUGA